AUGCUUGUUCUCUCUUGCCUAGCCUUGUAUCUCUCCUGCCUUCGGUACACUUGCUACAUAGCUAGAGAGUUAUCGCUACUGUUCCUAGAUGAGUUAUCUAACCUUUACUUAGAAUAUAACUUGGAAAAGAAAGUACCAGCUGACUUUAAACAUAAACUUUGGAGCAAAAAUAAGGCAAAAUCGUUCAAAUCUCGUCAAAUCAGGGCUAAAACAGAUGAAGAGAAUAUCUUCCUCGAGGCGAUGUUCAGAAGAGAUCCAAGUUGGGGCAGAAGGACCGUCCAGAUCUGUAAGAGGCACUUGAACUUGAAGACCACUCAGAUCUACAAAUGGGGCUUUGAUAAGAAGAAAUUGAUCAAGAAAUACAAGGAAAAUCCUGUAACGCUGGAGAUCGAAGGCGACAUUCAGGAAAUGAUAGAUAGGCUACUCAGAGAUGAGGACAUUGGCGACUUUGUAUUCGAGAAUUCCAAGUAUAUCAUUGUCGGUAAGAAGAAACCAGACCAAACCACGCCUAAUAUUGACUAUAACAAGCAAGUCGAGGAUCUUUGAAAUUCGCUGCUUAAGAAGAGUCAAGAGGAAAAUAAUAUUGAUAGAAAUGAUGCCUCUAAGAGCGAUCAAGAUGGUAAAACUGGCUCAGAAUGGCUAGAUCAGAUCUGGGAUGAGAAAUUUGACCCAUUUGAAUAUCUCGGCAACUCACAAAAUCAUGUAUCAGAAAUGGAUUUUCAAAAUUUGUUCAUCACCGAAGAUACGCAGAGAAAUGAAGGAGAGAAAAUGGACUUAGCUCCCACUCUCUUCCUCCAAUAAGUUAAAGAUCAAUAUUAAUGCCCUAUUUUGCUCAAUAUACCUCUUUGUCAUCUCCAGCCUAUGACUGGAGAUGACUGGAUCCUUAACUUUUGAUAUAUUCUGGUAUUGUUGCUAACCGGCCUGGAUUUACAACACUUUUUCCAAAAAGCGCAACGCCGAGAGAAAUUUUCUAAACUUCUCAUCAGAAAUUCAAUCAGAAUUCUG